AUGGAGAAGUAUUUUAAAUGUAAAUCUACGUUUUCUUGUGAUGAGCAAGAUGUUAAUAAAAGGAAUGUUCGAGAUAAAAUAGAUGAAAUGAACGUUGGGGAUGAAAUUGAUGGAACUAAUCUUGAAGAUGGCCCAAUUCAAACAAAUGUCGAGGAUGUUGGGGAUGAAAGUCAUGAAUUUGAUGUUGCACAGCUACCUUCAGAUCCUGGAUUGAGAGUUCUAAUACAAAAUUAUGAUAUUAAUGUCCGAGAUGAAAUUCGAAGAACAUAUGUGCAACGGGAUCCUUGUCAGCCUCGCAAUCAUGAAUUUUCACCCACAAGAAUGGCUAACAAAGAUAGGCGAUUUUGUGUUUCAUGGUAUAAUGAGCAUCCUAGUUGGUUGGAAUACAGUAUAGCUAAAGAUGUUGCAUUUUGCUUUUAUUGUUAUCUUUUUAGUUCAAGUGGUGGUUCAUUUGUUAAUGGUGGGUUCUCAAAUUGGAAAAGGAAAGAGAUUAUUAGAAAACAUGUUGGGGCAUCAAAUAGCGCACACAAUCAGGCUCGAGUCCAGUAUGAAUCAUUCAAGAAUCAAGAACAAAGCAUUCAAACCUGUCUCUUUAAACAAUCGCUUCAAACUCGAACAGAGUAUCGAAUUCGUUUGAAUGCAUCAAUUGAUUGUGUUCGAUUUCUUCUACGACAAGGGUUGGCCUUUCGUGGACAUGAUGAAUCUAAAGAUUCAAACAAUCAAGGGAACUUUCUUGAACUAUUACAUUGGUUGUGUGAUCACAAUACUGAGAUUAAGGCUGUUGCUCUGACGAAUGCACCUGAAAAUCUGAAAUUAACAUCACCACGAGUUCAAAAAGAUAUCGUGAGUGCUAUUUCUUCUGAAAUUCUAAACGUGAUUAUCAAAGAUGUUGGUAAUAGUUUCUUUUCUAUUUUAGUAGAUGAAUCUCGAGACAUUUUAGUGAAGGAGCAAAUGUCAGUUGUCAUUCGUUAUGUGAAGAAUGGACAUGUAUUGGAACAUUUUAUCGGUGUUAUACAUGUUUUGAGUACCACAGCUGUCUCACUUAAGGCUGGAAUUGAUAAAUUAUUUUCCACACAUAGUCUAAGUAUAUCUAAUUUAAGAGGUCAAGGAUAUGAUGGAGCUAGCAAUAUGCAAGGUGAGUAUAAUGGUCUCAAAACACUUAUUUUGAAAGAAAAUUCAAGUGCCUACUACAUUCACUGCUUUGCUGAUCAACUUCAACUGGCUCUUGUAGCUGUGGCACUGAAACAUCCAAAGAUAGAAACUUUUUUCACUUCAGUACACAGAUUGGUGAAUGUUGUAGGAGGAUCAGCUAAACGAAACGAUCUUAUUCGAGAGAAACAAAGAUUGAAAAUUUUUGAAUCACUUAGUACAUGCGAAAUAUCAAGCGGGCGGGGUCUCAAUCAAGAAACUACUCUUAAGCGUUCUGGUGAUACAUGUUGGGGAUCUCACUACAGUUGUUUACUUAACCUGAUAGUCAUGUUUUCAACCAUUGUUGAUGUUGUUGAGAUGAUUGCUACUGACACUACAAGUUCUGGAACAAGAGGUGAUGCAUUUAUUUUAUUGGAAAAGAUUUUGGGAAUUUCAAAUGAAUUGUCGAAAGCAUUACAAAGAAAAGAUCAAGAUAUUGUUAAUGCCAUGAGAUUGGUACAAUUAUGUAAAGCACAGCUCCAAACCAUGAGAGAUGAUGGAUGGGAUUCUUUUCUUGGAAUGGUUUGUUCGUUCUGUGAAGCUCAUGAGAUAAAUGUUCCCAAUAUGGAUGAUAUGUUCGUAACUCUAGGUCGUCCACGACGUGAUAUAGUGACAAAUUUGCAUCAUUUUCGUGUAAAAAUGUUUUAUGCCAUCAUUGAUAUGCAACUUCAAGAGCUGAAUGAUCGUUUUUUAGAGGUCAAUAGUGAGUUACUCCUUUGUGUUGCAUGUUUGUGUCCAAAUAAUUCAUUUGCCGCUUUUGACAAGAAUAAAGUGAUUCGACUAUGUCAGUAUUAUCCGGCAGAUUUUGACACGACAGAUAUCUUGGAACUUGAUGAUCAACUAGAUACAUAUAUCUUUGACAUGCGCACUCACGAAGAUUUUGGAGAAUUACAAGACCUUAGUGAUCUUGCACAGAAGUUGGUUGCAAAAAAUAAACAUGAAAUUUAUCCAUUAGUUUACAAACUUGUGACAUUAGCCUUAGUCCUUCCUGUGGCUAUUGCUACAGUUGAGAGAGCAUUUUCUGCGAUGUUAAUUGUUAAAAAUUGUUUGCGCAAUCGAAUCAGGGAUCAAUGGUUGAAUGAUAGUUUGAUUGCAUAUAUUGAGAAUGAUGUAUUUGAUAAUAUUGAAAAUGAUGUCAUUAUGGAACGUUAUCAAAGUAUGAGAACUCGUAGAGAACAAUAA